GACGUGUCUAUCUCCGUCCACUGCGUUCACAUUUUAAAGUGGUAUCAGCUGCCUCGCGCGCGUGUCUGUGUGUGUUUUAAAACGUAGAAACGGCUAGUUUACUUACGCAAGUGGUUUGUGUUUCACAUAAUGACGCCCAAGUUUGAGUUUGGAAUGAAACGAAAGUCGUGCAUACGCGGAACUAGCCUGCUAUCACGCUAACAUUAGCUGGUGUUGGCAAAAUAAACAUGGUUUCUCCUUUCGUCGACUUUCGAGAACCAAUUCCUGUUGAGCGUCCAUAACUUUAUCCCGUAUUCUUUCUACAGAGGCACACUACUGUUAUUACUUUCGAAUAUUUCAAAAGUUAUAAGAAAUGUUGAGGCGUUCGUACGCCAGAAUCAUUGAAGGAGCAUCAAGAAGAAGAGGCAGCAACUUCCCCAAGGCACCACAGAAUCGUCCCCUCGCAGUGUGGCCAUCGCAUCGUCCCUCGGCAUGCAGCUGGGAUUUGUCGUCCUGUAGCAGCGAGCAGAAGUUGCGCACAAGUGUCACGCUGAGAGGUCAAAGUGGGCGGCAGCUGUCAACGCGUCAGGAUUUUGACUUUCAGCUCGGCCGAGUGCAGAUCGACAGCAUUCUGCGAGCAAACGAGCAGAGCGUUAGCGUGCCAGCGUUUGAUGGACGGGAGCGCAGCCUGGUGCGGAAGUUUGAGAGCAACAACUUAGCCGCCAACACGCCCAAUGAAGACCGCCGCAGCGCAGCCUCCUGUUUGCAGGCUAAAGGCACACUCUUUGGCGUCUUUGAUGGCCACGGCGGCUGGGCGUGCGCCCAGGCCGUCAGCGAGCGCCUGCUCUACUACAUCACCGUCGCUAUGAUGCCCAAGCGCAGCCUGGAGGAGCUGGAGACGUGCGCGGAGCAGGGCAGGCCGGCCCCGCCCAUCUUGCAGUGGUACAAGCACCGCGCCGACUUUAUUCACCGGGACUCGGCUUCACUCUACGCCCGCCACCUCAGAGUCUUCUGGCAGGAGCUGCUGGACAGCCAGGAACACGGGGAGGGCAUGUGCCCUGCGGAUGCCAUGCAUUAUGCCUUCAAGCGACUGGAUGCUGACAUCUCCUUAGAGGCUCAAGUUCCUCUGUCAAAUGACCUGAUGAAGACCACAGCCAUCCAGGUCGCCUUCGCCGGGUCAACCGCCUGCGUGGCUCACGUCGGCCCGGAGGGCAUCCACGUGGCGAACUCCGGCGACUCCAGAGCGGUUUUGGGCGUGCAGGAGGCCGAUGGCUCUUGGUCAGCACUGGCCCUCUCUCAGGACCACAACUGCCACAAUCCGACUGAGUUAGAGCGCAUCAGGGCCCAGCACCCACCCUCCGAAAGGCAGACUGUGGUCACGGAUGACAGACUUUUAGGGGUUUUGAUGCCGUCCCGAGCGUUUGGAGACGUGAGGUUCAAGUGGAGCCUCGAGUUGCAGCGGAGCAUCUUGGCUAGCCUGGAGUCCAGCGUCGACCCCGACUCACUCAACCUGUAUCACUACACCCUGCCCAACUACUUGACGCCGCCCUACCUGGACGCGGCUCCGGAGGUGACGUACCACAAAGUGAGGCCACAGGACCGCUUCCUGAUCCUCGGUACCGAUGGCCUGUGGGACGAGCUGAGGAGCCAGGAGGCCGUCCGGCUCGUCGGUGAGCACCUCAGCGGAAUCCACCUGCAAUCUCCCGUCUCUCAGUCGGAACGUCAGCUGAAGCUGGGCCAGCUGCACCAGCUCCUGCUCAGACGUCAGGCCCGCGCCAUGCCCGCCUCGGACGGCAACGCCGCCACGCACCUGAUUCGGCACGCCCUGGGCACCGGUGAGUACGGCGACUUGUGCCACGAGAGGCUGGCGUCCAUGCUGGCCCUGCCGCAGGACCUGGCCCGCAUGUACCGCGACGACAUCACGGCCAUCGUGGUCUAUCUCAACACGUGACUGGCUUGAUUUGCUCAACGCAAAGCAACACUUGCGCGUGAUUUCUCAUUUGUUCCACAUUCCAGAUUGUAUUAAUUUAUGCCCAGCAGAUGGCGCUAUUUUCAUUUCAUUGUGUUUCAUGGAUUUUAUUUGUUUUUGUCUAAUCAGAUUUCAGUGUCUAAAUUUCAAAACUGAUGGACAAUUUAGGUAGCAAAAUUUCUAAAGUAAGACCGCUUAUUUAAUUUUUGUUUUUAAGAAAAACAGGGAAUAUAAUGUCAUGUUUUUUUUUUCAGAUCAAUAAUCAACGGUCCACAUUAGAAAAUAUUUCUGAAUCACUCUUUACAAUCAGUUGCAUUUUAUGUAAUUCCAUGUACACAUUUAAUUUUUUAGUAUCAGUCUAUUCGCAUGAAUAAGGAUUGCAAGUAACGAGGGUUACAAAUCAGUGCUAAUGUCAAUGGGUUUUUGCUCAAGUGUCAAUGCUAGCUGAGAUGCUAAGUGCUCAAGAACAAAAACUGAAUCAUUUUUGGAAUAUUGACCAAAUAGGGUUGCCAUGAUAUGAAUGAUGCAAUUCAUUGCGUCUGAAUAUAUUGGGGUGGAAACAUGACACCAGAGCCACUAGCACGAUGAUGUCAUUACUGCAAUCAUGUUGCUCACUUGAUGAAAAAGUCCGAGUAUCACAAAUGUAUAUUUGUUGGGAUACAAUUGAAGAUUUUAUUACGUUACACAAUUUUUGUGUGUGUGAUAAAACUUUAUGCUUUAACAUUUACAACUCAAGAAAGACCUUUUGAGAAAAUCAUCCCAAAAAUUUGGUAUUUCUGUUGUAACCUCAUCAUGAGGAAUCGGUUGGUCAGAGCAAAACUCGUCACAGAUUUGACGACGUGAUCUGCAGACGUUAAUACGUUUAAACAUCAGCAUCUCUGGUUCUUUGCCUUUUUUUUUUGUUUUUGUUUUUGUCAUGCUCAUAAAUGUGAACUGCUCCAGAUGAUGCAGAUUUGUGAGUAAUCUGUAAUCGUAUUCAUGGUUUCUGCUGUUUUUAAUAUUGGUGUGGUUGAGGUUGGGUACGUUAGCCACCGAAGGCCGGGGGACCAAACGUGCGGCCCGCCGCUGGUUGUUAUCGUUCACAAGCUUUUUGUUUGGAAAUAUGCACAGCCCGAUUGUAUCGGUUGAUGUCGUAUCAGGUACAAUGCGCAAUGUGAAGAGAUUACAAAUUUAGAAACACGUUAAAAUAUUUUGUCUUUUUCGGGGGAUUGUUUUUUACCUCCCUCCUGUUCAGAAUAAUGUAUUUCGAGAGGAUAAUAAACGACUUUUUAACGCAGGCCAAGUCGUAGUUAUGGAUUCCCUUAGGGACUUUGUUGUAUAACACUAAAACCACGUAAAUGUAUUUGGGUUAGGACUGUUAACCGUGGGCCUGGUACCUCUUAUUUUGGGUUCGUGGUUUGGUUCUAAAUAUAGGGAACAAAAAGUAAAAAGGCAGACAGGGACAGCUUUAACAUUUUGAAUGAAGCAUGAACAGUGUCACUCGUUUCUCUUUCGGAACGUGCAACAUUCAAAGUUGAUUGCCUUUAUCGAAGACGAAGGGUGACAAGUGCAACGGUUUAAACGGUCUAAAGGAUUGUGUGAUUAAAAAAAAAAAAAAAAAAGCUUUAUCAGCAUUUUAGAUGCUACUGGAAGUUGUGUUUUACAUCCAAAUCAUUUGGCUGGCCUUGACAUCUUCUCGCCAGAAGAUGAGCUGCACUGUUAUUGUUUACGUGUGGCAGCAGCACUUUCUGUCCGUUACCUCGUGGGCACACCAGAUUACGCGAAUGAUUAUAUUUGAGCAUAAUGUUGUUGUUGUUGUUUUUUUCAUUAUGAUUGCGCACUUUGACACCUGUUCUCUAGACAAUCAAUGUGUUACUGUUGAAUUCAAUUCUGUUAAAUUUUGAUAGACUGUCCUCUGUCACUGGAUAAUUUUUUUUUUCACUAAAUAAAGGGAAAGAUACGU